AUGAUAGUGGACCUUUUGUAAAAGAACAUUUUAGCGUACAUCAAUCUGAACUCUUUUGAUUGACACAAAUAAUUUAGGUAUUAAAAAGGAAUUAAACAGCGUUGUGUCAGUGACAGACAACUUGGCAACCAACGAUUUAAGUGAAUCUUUUAAUGUCUUUCUUUGAAAAAUGCCAAGAAAGAUAGUUAAACUUAAACUAAUAUUUGAGAACGAAGGAGGUGAGACCCCAAAGAGCAAAGUUUAAAAGAAGUAAAUGAUCUCUGGUCCUUCUUGGAUAUUAUUCCUGUUUCUGAAAGACAUGACUUUCAGAUCCCGUAAAUCUGAAAAAGAUGGCAUCUGAGCCUGGAAAUUGUUCUAAACUGAAACUUCUCAAAAUAUGAAGAAAUAAGAGGUGGUGCACAAGUUUGUUGCAAUCAAAAACAUGUUUGAUGUUCAACUUUCUUGCUCAACCACUGAGCAGAUCCCCUCAUGCAGAGCUAUUGGUCACCUGGUUGUUGCACGGCAGCAGGUUUGUUAACUUUUAGAAUAAAAAAAGAAAUGCACUAUCUUCCUCUCUGUGGAUCACAGUGUUGAUACUGAGUCUCUCUCCUCCCCCGCAGUCAGUGGUGUGAUUUCAAGGGUCUUCUCGCUGUCAUAGUACCACCUCUGCACCAUGUGACAUGAUCAGAUCUGUGUUUCCAUUGGUGCUCUGGACCUGUCACCUUUCUCCCCAGACAGGAAGCCACGCCCCAUUGUAGAGACUGUGUGUGUGUGCUGCUGUGGUAGGUUAACAAGGAUGCGUGUGUGGGACGGGAGAGGAAGCUAUGGUUGGCUGAACUGUGUGUGGACUCUGGUCUCAGACUGUUGGAAGACGAGGGCAUUCUGGUUCACUUUAGUACACAUAAAGCCAUGGACUCAACCUGGACGAUCCCGGUGGUGUUGGCGGUGUCUGUAGUGGUCAUAACAAUGCUGUUCUUCCUUCUUGGAAACUCUGCAGAUGGAAAAGGGAAGGGCCCUGUAACCCUAAAGGAUCCUACGAUCAAAUACUCACUACCACUCAUUAGCAAACAGAAAAUCAGUCAUGACACAAAGAAAUUCCGGUUUGGCCUUCCAUCUGAGUCUCAUAUCCUUGGACUGCCAGUAGGUCAGCAUGUUUACCUGUCGGCCAAGGUAAAAGGCAACCUGGUUGUCAAGCCUUACACUCCAGUGUCCAGCGAUGAAGACCAGGGAUUUGUUGACCUUGUGGUUAAGAUAUACUACAAAGGGACCCACCCAAACUACCCAGAUGGGGGGCAGAUGUCUCAGUACCUGGACAACAUGGCUAUUGGAGACUCUAUUGACUUCAGGGGACCCAACGGACUUCUCAUCUACAAAGGCAAAAGUAUGUUUUCUAUCCAAGCCAACAAGAAGACGGAGCCAGUUGUUCAGAAGUUUAAACAUGUUGGAAUGAUCGCUGGUGGAACAGGUAUCACCCCAAUGCUGCAGCUGAUCCGACGGAUCACAUCAGAUCCUUCCGACAACACCAAGUGCUCUCUCAUAUUUGCCAACCAGACUGAGAAAGAUAUUUUACUGUGGGAUGAGCUGAAGGAUGUGCAGAAGAAUCACCCUGAGAAGGUUAAAGUCUGGUACACUUUGGACAAGCCUUCAAAAGACUGGAACUACAGUUCAGGGUAUGUGACCCUUGAGAUGAUCAAGGAUCACAUCCCUGCUGCGUCCAGAGAUGUACUGAUUGUCCUCUGCGGACCUGCACCGAUGAUCCGUAAUGCUUGUCUGCCAAAUCUGGAAAAACUGGGACACACAAAAGAAAAUAUCUUUGCAUACUAGACAUGUUCAACAAAUGGUUAUUGUUUUGUUUUUUUUAAAGGUAAAAAAAAAAAAAUAAAAUCUUAACAGCAUGCAAUUUUAUUAAAUGCUCAACAACCACCUAAUCCAAGAGAGAUUUAAAAUAAAGUGUUGCUACGCUUCACUUGUGCAUUGGUUUUGUGUAGCUCGUUUGUCCUACUCCUGUUCUGUAGCUUACCAUUACAAUCACUGUGUUCUCUAUAAAACUCACUCUGAGCCACUAUGCUUUAAAUAAGCGAAACUGCAUUUCAUAAGAAAUUAACUUUCUUUUGUUUGUUAAUGUUAUUUAAUUCUGAAGUUACUAUAAAGAUGCAUGAAGUGCAAUAAAACAAACUUGAAGUUU